AUGCCACCGAUGGCUGCUGCGGACAGGCCCGCCUGGCUUGCCUGGCCCACCUGGGCGGUUGUUGUGGCGCUGACGUCCGGUGGCAGCGGCGGGGCUGGAUGUUACAUGCACGGUGAGUCAAUGAAGUUGACAACGAUUGGUGGUGGUGGUGGUGGUGGUGGUGGUGGUGGUGGUGGUGGUGGUGGUGGUGGUGCUGCUGCUGCUGCUGCUGCUGCUGAUGAUGAUGAUGAUGAUGAUGAUGAUGAUGAUGAUGAUGAUGAUGAUGAUGAUGAUGAUGAUGAUGAUGAUGACGAUGGAAGCAGCAGCCAGGCAACAGAAGACUAG